GAGUGAGCCAGGAUUACGUCCACGCUGGCCAACAGGAUCGUGCGUGUCUCUCCUGUGAAGGAACGUCGGCCGCUUUGGCCAUCCACCGCCCCCGGUGCUCUCCUGAGCUUGUCUUUCAGGUCUUUUCCCGUCUCCCCGGUUGUACUCAACCGGUACCACAUUGGAUCCGCCCGCAGGUUCCACUCGGCUGAACCAAGCUCGCAGGGUUGAGGGAAUGAGCGGGGGUUUGGGACGGCGUGAUGGGGACCCUGCGAUACCACCCGCUCGAGAACAGUCUUAAACCACGUGCAGCGUCCCUGGUCGCGUCGUGAAAAAUGCAGGCCCUCCCCACUCAUCUUCUUUUUCUCGCGGCGUUGUGGUUUUUAUACUCACUGAUCUGAUCACGGGCGCGGUCUCCGACUCUUUUGUUCGCCGUCACGCCGACUGUCCAUUCAGGGGCACCCCCUAUAACGGAUCCCCGCCAAGAUGGACUCGGAGAAGGAGAUUGCCCAGCAAGCCGAACAGGCUCGCGUCAACUCGUCUAAGGAUGGCGACCUCUCAGACGCCAGCGUGCCUGACUCGGAGCUUGAGUGGACCGAGGAGGAAGAGCGGGUGCUACGGCGCAGGAUCGACUGGCACACGGUGCCCUUGGUGACGCUGCUGUACAUGCUGUGCUUCCUCGACCGCAUCAACAUCGGUAAUGCUAGCAUCCAAGGACUGUCGGCGGAUCUCGCGCUAGAUCAGGGCGUGCGAUUCAACUGGGCGCUUUCCAUCUUCUACAUCGUCUAUUUGCUCGUCGAGGUACCCAGCAACAUCAUCCUAAAACACGUCGGCCCUCGCUACUACCUACCCUUCCUCGUCUGCGGCUUCGGACUAGUCUCGCUAUGCACCGCCUUUGUCCAUGACUUCGCGGGCCUCAUGGUCGUCCGGGUAUUUUUGGGUGUGUUUGAAGGUGGCGCGUUCCCCGGGUUGGCCUUCUUCCUCAGCUGCUUCUACAAGCGCAACGAGCUGCUCUUCCGCAUGGGCAUUUACGUUUCGGCCGCAUCCAUUGCCGGAGCCUUCGGCGGUCUGUUGGCCACAGGCCUGUCGAGAAUCCCGGAAUGGGGGGUUGCCUCGAUGCGCAUGUCCCGCUGGCGCAACAUCUUCUUCUUUGAGGGCAUCGUUACCAUCCUCGUUGGCCUUGCUGCGCCCAUCUGGAUGCCCACAACGCCGGGCGAAGCCCGCUUCUUAACGCCGCGCCAACGUCGCAUCGCAGCCGAGCGCCUCAUCCGCGAGAACAAGGCCGACCCGGCGGCCAAGGUGACGUGGAAGGAUAUAAAACACGCUGUCCUCUCCGUCCACAACUACACGUGCGCCCUAGGCUUCUUUCUCAUCAACAUCACCGUCCAGGGCCUGUCGGUCUUCAUGCCCACCAUUCUAAGGGACCUCGGGUGGACCGACACCAAAGCCCAGCUGUACUCCGUCCCCCCGUAUGUUGCCGCCUGCUUGGUCGCCAUUGCCGUUGCAUAUGGUAGUGAUAAAACCCACCAACGCGGCAUCUGGCUCGCCGCUUUUUCCUGCCUGGCCGUGAUCGGGUUCGCCAUCCUUCGCUGGGUCGAAGAACCAAACAUUCGCUACAUGGCUAUCUACUUUGUAACCGUCGGAGCGUUCCCAGGCGGGCCAGGCUUCCUAGCGUGGGCAAUUAAUAAUUCCGGCAGUCCGUCGGUUCGUGCUGUGAGCUCAGGUUAUGUGGUGACGCUCGGCACCAUCGGUGGUAUCGUAGCAACAUGGACAUACACGAAAAGCGACGCGCCAAAGUACUCUACAGGGCACAGCAUUAAUCUGGGGGGCCAGAUUGGGGCUGUUCUCCUGGCCAUCUUCGGCAUCUUCUACUGCAUGUAUGAGAACAAUGCAAGGGCCGCUGGCAAGCGGGAUUACCGUCUUGAAGGCUUGACCGAUCAAGAGAAGGAUAACCUGGGAGGCAAGCACCCGAGCUUCCGGUAUUGGACUUGAUUGGUGUGAAGAAAGCGGGCGGUCAGGGUUUCGUGUCUGGGAACAUGGGUUGGAGGGGAUUUUGCCACGGUUUGCCCUAAGACACUUCCGGCCGAUAGGUUGAUAUCAACUAUCAAGUUUUAGCUCCG